AUGUUUUUCAACGUCCUGGCCAGGCUAUACAUUCGCUCCAAAAGAUCCCAGGAAACUCGAGUUUUUUUGUUUAUCUGCGUCUGUGACUGGCUUCUCGUCACGAGCGCCGCACUAAUGAUCACGCAGACGGUAUUGGUUUGUCAGGAGUGGAACCAUCGAGCUGCGGGUUCAAGUCCUGAGCUCAUCCUACGACUAUCUUCGGAGACCGUUGGCAAGCUCUAUCUCGCGUACGGAAUAUCAAAUGCCCUGACAGAAGCAUUGAUUAUCACUGGCCUGGGCUUUACGGUGCGCUCCGCUCUUUCACACAACAACAUUGGAGCGCUGUUGGGGUCCAGAGGGUUCUGCUUGAUAUUUGCAAUCGGCAGUCUUUCGACGCAGGCAUCAGACUACCACCUCGGUAGGCUCCUCCAGCAGAUAUCCGACAAUAUUUCGAUCGUCACUAUCUGCCUCCCGAUGAUCGUCAAGUUUAUUGGGGAGAACGGACAGAAUAACAACAUCCAGGACCCGCGGGCUAGUAGUACGGGUCAUCUUCGCAAUUUUCAAUUCUUGUCGACAUUGAGCAGUAAUCGCCAAAACCAAGAUGUUGAACUGAGUCCCGUCGAAGAUAUCAUGAAAGUCUGA